CUCACGGCUCUCGAGGCACGGAGCGAUAGUCGACCGGACGCGACGCGGGGAAGAGACAAGCACCGAGCUGCCACUCCUCUGUGCCCCCACGAUUUAUAACCCUUGAGUUUCAGCUCAGUCGAGGUUUCGAAGAUUUCCUGGACGCAGGCACGCGCGCACGCCCACGGAUGGAGCUCGCAAGUCAAGCCAAGUAAGGCCAGCCCAGGCCAGGCGCAGAGAAGGCAAGGCAAGGCAAGGCACGGGAAAGCGCUGCGGAGUCCCCGGGACAAUUCCCUGCACGCAUAUUCUGGAAGUCAACAUUCCCGCUGUGGACAGCAGAUGUAAGCUCUUGUGAAGAGCCAGAGCUCGCGCUUGUUGCAGAAAGCAAACCUCGGCCCGACAAAGGAGGCGAGGACGAGGAGCAGCAGCAGCAGCAGAGAAUAGCAGAGGUAGAGAGAGAGGGAGAGAGGGAGAGAGGGACGAGGCACCGAGAGUGACAUUGAGGCUUUUGGAGGGGAGACGGGAAGGAUUGAGAUCAGAUUGAGAGGUCCAUGGAGUGCUGCAGAUGGGGCAGUCUGGUUAGAGAUUUGUGGCUCGAGAAGAUAAGUCUAGGCAGUGGUGUAUAUUGUGAGGUUUGUAAAAGUUUUGAGGCUGUGUUGAACGGAGACAGUGCGAGUCUGGAAGUGGGUCGGCAUUGAUGACUCCAGAUGGUGCAGAGAAUGUUUGUGAGAGAGGAUGAGGAUGAUGUGGAUCGAAGGGACUGCUUCUGAUCCGAAGAAUGCACGGCGAUUUUGAGGCCCUGUUGCUGAACACUCCCGUCAUUGCAUCCGGAUGAUGUGAAUGUGCAGAGAGAGACGCAAAGGUGAUGGUGCUCUGGAAGCCCCGAUGGCUGCGCGGCAUCCGCUAGCGGACGCAAGGUGGUGGACUCGAAGAGCAUGACUCCGUCGGGCACAUGUGAGCAAGAGGCGAUACAACAUCUCGACCGAUGUCGGAAGUACGAAUCAAUUACAAUGCGCCCCUCAAGUCCGUGCGCACGCAACGCGUAGUGAAGCCGCAGGAGCCCCCGAAGCUGUCGUUCGAUGGCUCGGUGGACGACGGGCGCACGUCGGAGCGCGAGGAAGAUGUCAAGAGGCCCGGAAUUUCCUUCAUGUGGGAGAAUGCGCCGGGCAAGUCGAAGAUCGAGGAGCGCGAGGAGUCGAUUUUGCCCGCCGAGCUCAAGCUCCCGCCGCUGUCGCUCACUCCCACCAAGGCCAAGGAUGCGUCGCCCUUCUACCCCCCGCCUGCCGGUACCCCGGCGCCCAAGCUCAACCCCUUUGCCAGCUUGCCCCCGAAGCUGGCCCCGUCGCCCAGCAGGGCUGCGGCUGCGGCUGCUGCCGCAGCCACCGAUCGAACUCCGCCGAGAUCGCUCCCAAUUCCAGCCCCGCCUGCGCGACGGAGCUCCACUCCCACUCGCCAGCCCAGAUCCGGCGAGGGUAGCGGGGGCAGACAAGCCCCGACCUCAGGCACCAGCACGGGGGCAGCAGCGGGGGCAGACAAGCCCCAAGACCGGAGAGGCGGGCAUCAUCAGCGAGCGGAGCGAUUGCCCCAAGCGCCCUCGGCGCAAAAGGACUUCUUCUACGCCCCGACGAGGAAUGCGCCCGUGCAGCAGCAGCCGCAGGCGAAGAACGGCAGGCUGCCCCCGAGCAGCCCCCGAGGGCGUGACAAUUUUGAGACCGGCAGUCACAGCUCGGGCGACUGGGACGGCAAUGCGGGCGACGUGUACUCGCUCAUGGACCACUACCAAGCGCAGUGCCAAGUGAGUAUGCUCGACGGGUGCGUGGAGUCGGAGCUGCACGACAAGUCGCGGCACACGGACCCGCGGGCGCGCGACUUCAUCAUGCAGCGGUUCCUGCCGGCGGCCAAGGCCAUGGUGGCGGAUUCGGCCGACUCCGGCACCGGAUCGCCCUCCGGUUCGCCCCGGAUGGGCCGGUCCGCCACCGCCGCCGGCCGGUCGCGGUUCGCCACCUUCAAGGACCAGUUCGACGCCGAGGGCGCGGCCGACGACGGCGACGAGGACGACGACGAGGAGCAGAACAUGCUCUUCAAAUGCAAGUUCCCCUGGCAAGUGAGCCCAUUCGGGUCGCUGUGCUUGCCUGCCCCCGCCCCUCAGCCCGGGGGUCUCCCCAGAGGCCGGGGCUCCGAGAAGCCCGACGACGAGAAGGACUACGCGGAUGCCCACGAGGGCCGAGGGCCGCCGGCGAAUUUCCGGACGCGGAGCGGGUCGUCGACGAACACCGACGGCGGGAUGGCGAGGGAUCACGAUCAGUCGCAAACGUUCAGCGUCGACUUGCAGCAGCAGGUGGCCGACUCGUACGAGGGCGAGGGCUCCAUGCGGAGCAACGACUCGAGGCGCGCCUACGGCGCCGGAACCCGGGACCGGCUCCAGGACACUCCGCCGCACGGGGACUCGACUCCGCCGCGCACCCCCCCGCUGCGGCGGAAGCCGGAGCCGGAAUUCUCCGGCAACCUGGGCACGCUCCUGCGGACGUCCAACCAGACCGGCAAGGGCAUGGCCAAACUGGUGCCUGCCACAGCCCCCGACGCGCCAGACGCCGAGGCCCGGCGCCUGCAGGCGCUGGCAGACUCGUCCAUCCUUAACCACCACCGGUACAAGUCGCGGCAGCCGCAGCCGCAACAUCUGACAACUUCCGACAGUAUGCCGGAUCUGCGGUCCCGAGACGUCAGCCCGUUCCAGUCGCGGCUGGGGGCUAGCCUAGGGGGUAGCGCGUCCUCGUUCACGCCCGCGCAUCCCAGCGACGACGCAGGCCCGCCUUACGGCAGGCAUUUGCGGCAGUCGCUCUACAAGCAGGACACGGCGGGCGACUCCGGGCGCUUCAUGGAGAGCAUAAGCGACGAGGCGUGGGAGGCUAUCGACGCGGAGCCGACCCCGGCUCACAAGCCCAAGCCCUGGCGAGACGAGCUCUACGAGCAGCAGCAGCAGCAGCGGGGCAUGGCCGCGACCUCCGAAUCCUCCGACCCCGCCGACGAUGCGCGCGCCAUCGGCUGGCCGCUCGGCAAGGCCUACUCGGCCUUCUCGAAGAUCCUGAGCAGCGAGUCCAAGAGCGACUCGCCCUUCGCGCGCACUCCCAGCUCCGACUCCAAGCACGACUCGUCCUACUCGCGCACUCCGAGCACGGACUCGAAGACCGGAUCGUCGUACAUGCGCACUGCGAGCUCGGAAUCCAAGGCCGAGUCCGCCUACACGCGCACCUCCAGCAACGACACCAAGUAUGAUUCGUCGUUCUUGAGAACUCCGAGCUCCGAUUCGAAGGGCGACUAUUUUCAGUCGUACUCCGAUCUCUCGGCCUCGGCUUUUCCGCAGCAGAAAGAGCCGUCGUCGGCCGACAAGUUCUCGCCCGUCAGCGUGCUCCUCCAGCCUCCUCUCCCCAAAGGCCCCCGCGAGUCCUGGCUCGGCAAGCUCAUGGCCCCGGCCCCUGCUCCCCUGUCCAACAUGAGCAACUGGCAGCAAGCCGGGCCCAAGAAGUUUCUGGAGCACAGCAUUAGCGAGGAUUCCAUGGAUGUCAAGUGGGAGGCCCUGGUCAAGUCGAAGAAUGCUCAUGCCCGCAACCUCAAGCUCCAACAGAUGGUCCCCUCUGCCAGUACUGGAAGUUAUGGUGGGACAUGAAGUGUGAAAGACUUGGACAUUUCAAAUUAGCUUAGGCUUCAGUAGAACAGACCAGGUGUCGGAGGUUGUUGAUGUAGCUGUCAUCAUCCAUCGAUGCAACAUCGACUCUGCGCUUCUUAGCUGACCUCAGGGCAGCUGGAUUCACGCAUUCCAGGGAUUCAUGAUGUGCCUCGUACGUAGUCUGUCGUUGAAGUUUCUCUUAAAACGAAGACGAGAGCCUCAAAGAACGCCAGGACGUACAGAAUAGAGAUCGGGACUAAGGUGGAGAUUCUGGGCAUCAGAGUUGGGUAGUCAUCCGUCCUGGACAUGACCUUCAGAUGGAGAUGGUGGUUGAACUAGAACAUGUUCGUCGUGGGUUGGUAACGCGUGUGCGAGGAUAGCCUUGUAAACACUCCUCGCACUGAACUUAAUCAGUGUAUAGUCAACUAUGUGAAUUUGGCACCCAUGUCUGGUUGGAUGUCAAUCCGAUCUCGGCCCCUUAACAGCAGUGACAUUCAGCCUCUGAAGAGAUAACAUAACUUAAAACUUGACCAUGUAUAUGCAAUUACCUAGUUUAGUCUAUUACAAAACCAAAUUUUUUUCGCUCUCGAGCCAUUCGCUCUGUGAUCUCCAUUCAUCGGCUGAGCUUCUUACAUUUCGCAAAGAGGUUAGCUACCACAUCCGAGCAAUCAGCACUCGAGUUCCGCUCGUAGUCUUGUACAACACAAUAGCAGCUGUCAGUUUGUUGAGAUCAGGUUCGAUUCUUACAUCUGGUGACAAGAUUUUGAUAUUGCGGGUAGGUAGGGAUGCUUCUCAAAGUGGAGGCGGCUAUUCAAACAACAAAAUUUGUCUACAAUUGCAAGACUUCAUUGAACUUGUCUCUUGUACGAAACGGGUUAAUGUUUUAAUACCAAUAUUGGUAUGCAUAUGUCUAUC